UCCUUUAUUAGAGAUAAACUGGUCAUAUAUUCUGGCUUUACUUCAAGGCAGAAAAAGAUGUGGAGAUUCUGGAUAAAAGUUAUCAUUAGCAGAUUACUCCUGCCUGUCUGCAUUGGUCCAAGUUUUCCUAACGGGACAUGCACUGUCAUGAAUGUCAGACUGGUAAAUGGGUACCAUGACUGUGAAGGCAGAGUGGAGGUCAAUGAUGGAAGCAGUUGGGUAGGAGUGUGUAAAGAUUUGUGGGACAAAAAGGAUGCUACGGUGGUGUGCAGAGAACUGGGCUGUGGAAGAGCUCAGUUCAUAACGGGCAACUUUGGACAAGGAAAAAGUGAGAAACAAAUCUCAAAAGUUCAGUGUUCUGGCAAUGAGACCUCUGUAUUACAGUGUGAAAAGAUCCAAGAAUUUUGCUAUGGCAGUGAUGCUGCUGUUGUUGUCUGUUCAGAGAAUGCAAGAAAGCAAGUUAAAAACUGCAGAGAUCAUUUAAAAGAGAUAAAAUCUACAAAUUUUACAUAUGAUUUUUUAUCUAUUUACUGCUCCAACUCUAGUGAAACCAAAAAUGAACCCCAGAAAGUUAUUGGACUCUUGAGCUCUUUCCUGAAAAAACUUGAGAUUAUUAGUAAUUUGACUAAAGAAGAGAGGACAACAGCAGGAGAAAUCAUCCUGCAAAGUGUUGAGAAUAUUGAGCUGACUGUGUCUGCUAACUUUGAUGAAUUCAUGAAGAAAAAUAAAAGUGAUGAUAAACUAGCUCUAGAGUGGCUUGUCAUUCCUGCUAAUUUUACUCAGAAAAUAGAACCUUUACAAAUAUAUGGGAACACACUGCAAGUAAAUCUGCAAAGUCCUAUCCAGAACACCACUCAAGGAAAUACAGCUGUUCUGUUUGCCUCAUAUACUGGGCUUGAAUCUGUUCUGGAUGGAAGAUUCUUCCAGUCAAAUUCCUCUGAGGACACUAUAUCUCCUCAGAUCAACUCACACAUAGUAACUGUUGUAAUAAAACAGAAGAACAAUCACAACUACAAAUGUUUCCAGCCCAUCAAUGUCACUUUCCAGAAUAAGCAGAAAAGGAGUAAUAAAAAUGUACUAUUCUGUGUCUACUGGAAAUCUGAAGGAAACGAGAGCUCCUGGUCUAAAACUGGUUUGAAAGUGAUCCAUUCCAAUGAAACUCACACAGUCUGCAGUAGCGACCAUCUGAGCAGCUUUGCUGUAAUCAUGGCAACUAAUUCCAAGCAGAUUAAUGAAGAUUCUGUCCUGUCAAUUAUCAGCUAUGUGUUUGUAAUAACAGCCCUGAUUUGUCUCAGUCUUGCAAUCAUUACAUUUGUAUUCUGUAAAUCAGUUCAUAAAGGACACAACAUUAUUCACUUGCACUUGAGCCUGUGUUUAUUUAUGGCACACCUUCUCUUUUUAACUGGAGGAUCCAAAACGGACCAUAAUGUGAUCUGUGCGGUGAUAGCAGGAGUCCUCCACUUCUUUUUCCUUGCUAGUUUUGUCUGGAUGUGUCUGGAGGGAGUUCAGCUGCUUCUGUUAGUGACGAAUCUGAGAGUGGUCAAAUACAGUAGCAGAAGCAGAUUGACCAAGAGGUAUCUAUUACCCCCUGGGUAUGGUAUUCCUGCCAUCAUCGUUGCUGUGUCAGCUGGAGUUUUUCCAGGCGGUUAUGGAACACAGACCAGUUGUUGGCUGUCCUAUGAGAGAGGGUUCAACUGGAGUUUUCAUGGUCCUGUUAGCUUCCUGAUCUCUGUGAACAUCAUACUAUUCACCAUCAUUUUAUGGGCUUUGAGAUCACAGCUUGGUUUUCUCAACACUGACAUUUCUAGAGUGAGAAACACAAGAUUGCUGACUUUCAAAUCCAUGGCACAGUGCUUUAUCAUGGGCUGCAGCUGGAUUCUGGGCUUCUUUCAAGAUGCCAUGUUCUUCAAAUAUGCGUUUGUCAUCAUCAACUCCUUGCAGGGACCUUUUAUUUUCCUAGUGCACUGUGUGUUGAGCCAACAGAUAAGAGAAGAGUAUAGAAGAUGGCUCAGGUGCACACGCAGACAGAAGGAGAAAUCUGAGUCUUCUGGAAUUACAAUGAGAACGUUUGAAGAAACAUCUACAAAGGAACAUGAACCAAAAUAAAACAAAAAAAAAAGAAAAUGUGCUAAGAACACAUGAACAGAUACAAAACAUCAGAAAUGCUACUGUCUGUUGGAGAAAAUGGAAAUGUGUAUAAAUGUUACAUGUACAAAAUGUCUACAAAUGCUUUGCUUUUUAAUUGUUUAAAAUAAUGUGCAUAUUUUUGAAUAAAAAUAUUAUGAUACAAUAGCGAUAUUAAAAGGGAAAACUGGUGUGAAACAAAAAUCGUAAAAUAAUAAUAGUAUAUAACUGCAGUUUUGGAUAUAUUUUAUCAUUGUAUUGUUACAGCAAUAGGUGACUGGGAAGUGUCUCUAUGAGUUAAGAUAAUGUGUGUUACACCUGGCAGUGUAAAGAUUUCCAAUUUCAAAACAGAUAGAAUGUUUUCUGAGAUGUAGGGGGUCCCAGUCCUGCAAUGAAAACAAUUGUAACAUAAGGAAAGGAGAAGAGAAGGAGGAAGAAGAGGAGAGGAGAAAGAUGGCCAGACUACAAGAUGUAAGAUGAAAGUCCCUAAUUCAUGAUCAUCCAGAUAAAACCUGAGUGGAGCUAAGAUGUGAAUUCUGCUAAAGAGAGCUUGCUAUACAGUAUUCUUAGGGAACUUUUAGGUUUGCUGAGUAAACAAUACCUUAGUUAAAGAGUGUUUUCUGCUUGUAGGUGGAUAUCUGCUUGUAGGUUUUCUGCUUGUAGGUGGAGAGAUAGGCUCCCAUUUAUUUUGUGGCAUCCGGGUUUGCUGAGAGAGAAACUUAACUGCAGGUUGAAUUGCAUUAAUUUUAAAAGGCAAUAUAUGUCUUAUUUUGUCCACUGUAUGCAUUAUUUAAGAGUUUAAUAUUUAGUAGCAUUUGCAGGUUGAAUUGCAUUAAUUUUAAAAGACAAUAUAUGUCUUAUUUUGGCUACUGUAUGCAUUAUUUAAGACUUUAAUAUUUAGUAGUAUUUGCAGGUUGAAUUGCAUUAAUUUUAAAAGGCAAUAUAUAUCUUAUUUUGGCCACUGUAUGCAUUAUUUAAGAAUUUAAUAUUUAAUAUUAGUCUGGGGUUUUCUGGGUGAUUAAGAUGUUAGGCCUCAGAAACACCUUGUCUGUACUGUAAAUAUAACAAUUUGUGCAUUGUAUGUUUUGUUGUAUGUAGUGUAGUGCUCAUAUUGUCAUUGCUAAUAAACAUUUGUUCAGUCAA